CCAAAGAAGCCCCACCCAACUUUUGCGUUCUAGUGUAGACUUAUUCUUCGAAAUAAUGGCAACAAACACGGGGCACCGCUUGAUGCUUGUGUCCCAUCUUACAAAAAUUUACAAUGUUGUGGCAACCAUUUACCCCAGGUCACCACACUAAUUUCAAAGGCAUCACCCUAUCAGCUUGCCAGUUGCAUCCAUCAACUCGAGAAACGGGAGUAAGAGGUGCGAAAUCUUGUGAACCAGAUAAAAAGAUUUCCUCAAGUUUGCUGUUUUUGAUUAUCUUGGUUGAAGUGUUCAGUGUCUACAGUAUACUUCUAAUGUUCUCUAUCACAAGCAGUAUGGUUUUGCCUUCGUCGACGUCGAGAGAUUCCCAUUUUGAUAUAGUCUUGCUGCACACCUGGCUUUCAGGAUUUAGGCUUUUUAUCCUGGGAUGUUUUGUUCUGACGUUUCUAACCUACAACAGAUAUUUCCACAGGCAGAAAUUCAGACCCUAGAGUUUGUGAGCUUCUGUUGUUUGUACACUAGGUUCAACUUUUGAAUAAUAAUGAUACUGAUAUGUUCAGUAGCUAAUCAUAUUGGUUUAACGACGGAGGAGGUGCAAUAUCCUUUUCCAAUUCAACUUGUUCCCUUGUAAGCAGCUGAGUAGAUUCAGACUUGGGCUUUUAUUGUCCGAGUUCAUCUUCAUCCAAGAGAAAUUCCUUCGCAAGUCGGGCUAGUGAAGAACGUUGAUUCAUAUUUGCCUAGGCUGUAGAAUAAGAAAUAAUUUUUUUUUUACGGCUAAAAUCUUUCAAUCCAUGUUAUAUGACAACUCCAGUGUAGUCUUGUGUUACUUCUAUAACCAAGCAGAUUGUAAAUUAUCCCACCAGUGAAUGAUAUUAUACAGUACACUGCAAAAACUCAAUAAUCAAAGAAUUAAAGUGUUGACUGUUUA